AUGGAGGAAUCGCGCGACGAGGAGAUCCGUCGAAUGGACGCGGCCGCGCAAGAAGAAGCCGAGCUUCAGCGAGUCCUGCAGCUGUCGAAGCGCGAAUCGACGGGACUCGAGCAGGCUAUUCGAGCAAGUGCUAGGGCAGAUCCUCUCGACGGACACGGCGGGAGCACCACCGAGGAGGACGAUGACGACGACGACGACUACUCCGAGACUGGCUGGACCUCGAGUGAGGAUGACGACGAAGAUGACGUGGACGACGAAGACCUCAAGCCCAAGACCGACGAGGAAAUCCGGAUGCAGGCAGCUGAGCGCAUCCGUGUGCUGGAGGCGGCUGGAAUCCUAGUUUUGACGGGCGACACCGACCACGGCGACGCUACUUACCGCGCCGCACCUGCCGGUGGCGUCGACGGCGGUGGUGGUGAUGGUCGCAGUGCUGAUGUUGGGCCCUCGAAGCCGACGCGACGCCCCCCGCCCCCACCGGCGGUCAAAGGCGCCAAGAAGAUGGACGAGCUGCUACUUCUCGAGCAAAAGGGCGCGCAGCGGAAGCCAAAGCCCGAGAGGCCAGAGAGGCGGAAGCCGCCCAAGCCCAGCCGGAAGAAGUCGUUGCCGCCCGUGCCGACGCAGCCGGCCGCAUUGGAGGACAAGAUGGAGGAUGCCUACGACCGCUACCUCAAGCUGACAAAGGAAGUGUCGUUGCGACCGAUUUCGCCGCCGGCUGCCACCUCAGAAGCGCUACUGAGCCCGGGCAAUCGGCGACCCUCGAUCUCGGGCCAUAGCAUGGCGUCUUCGGCUUCGGCGUCUGGCCGACCCUCGACGUCGUCCAUGGCGCCGCCCGGCUCGCCGCCGCCCCAAGCCAGCGGCGAGGCGAGCAAGACGUCCGCCUUCAUCAAUUCGAUCAAGAACAUGUCUCGCUCUUCGCGCGCCGCCAGCGGAACGGCGACGACGUCGUCCGGGCUGAUUGAACGCAUCGGCACCCCCACCAUCUCUGGACCGAUUUCGAGGCCGGAUUCGGCGCAGCAGAUAUCCCGCCAGGUUAGCGGCCCAGUCGUUGGUCGAUCUUCGCCGGCACCGCCGGAAGCGGCGUCGUGGUCGAAGCUGGUCGGCCCAGAGGCCAUCGCCGGCGUCCCCGAGAUGGAGCGCAAGAGGCAGGAAGCCAUCUUCGAGCUCAUCACCACCGAGGUAGCCCACGUGCGGGAUCUGCAGAUCGUCGUUGAGGUCUUUUUCAACUCGAUGCAGAGCAUGCUGAGCGAAAAGGCGAGCACGGUCAUUUUUGCAAACAUCGAGGCGGUCCUGCUCGCCGCGGUAUCCUUCCUCAGCGAUCUCGAGGACCGACAGAGGCAAUCGCGGCUCUAUGUCGACCAGGUCGGCGAUGUCUUGGUCAAGCAUAUGCCAGACAUGCAAGUGUACCUGCCAUACUGCGUCAAUCAGUCUGCCUCGGCAGAGAUCCUGCAGGCCGAGCGCAACCGCGAUACGCGGAUCGACAUCCAUCUGCUCAAUCUGCGCUCCUCGCACCCGGCCGCACGUGGGUUGGACCUAUCGUCCUUCCUCCUGAUCCCGAUGCAGCGCAUCACGCGGUACCCCCUGCUCAUCUCGCAGAUUCUGCGAUACACUCCGGAGGGCCAUCCUGACCGAGAGCCGCUGCAGCGCGCGCAGAGGACGUCGGAGCGGCUGCUCAACGAGACAAAUGAGAGCAUCCGGCAGCACGAGACGCACGCCACGCUCGUCGCGCUCAGCUCGUACCUCUACAUCGGCUCCGAGGCGCGCCUCGACCUGACGCAGCCGACCCGCUUCCUCGGUGCGCGCCAGAUCCUCAAGGACUCGUCGCAGGUGGCCAAGUACCGAUCGGGUAGGAGGCUGAGGGUCGUCCUCUUCAACGACCUCCUCCUCCUGCUCGACGCGGAGCGAGAGGCGCUCUACCGGAUGCCCGUCCCCCUCGACCACGUCCAGGUUGUCGAUGAGAGGAAAAAGCUUAGGGGCAACGACGAGUCCACCUGGACCAUCCGCGUCGAGGGAGGCGAAAAGGUGCGCUUCAAGUGCGACAGCCCCCGCGAGGCGGCGGCAUGGACCAGAAAGGUCAAAGAGGCCAGGGACGUCUACGAAGUCGCGAAGGUCAAGGCUGGUCUGGCUUGA